UCAUGUGUGUGGUGACGGACAGCCACAAACGUCUUGUGUGUACUGAGCAUACAGCCCACGUUGGCCAAAAUCACCCGAACACUCCACGGGAAGGGUCAGCGUGCUGAGUCCAAGGACCAACAUGCUGAUAUGUGUGCUGACGGACACCCACUGUUGUGGUCACGAAAUCCAUGGUUCAACCAGAGUCUCACCAAACCGUCCAAACCGGCCAUCUAGGAGGUACCAGCGACCAAAGUUCAGUCCAAGACGUAUAUCUCCACAACGAGAAUGACUUUCAACAUGAAACCAAUUUUAUUGGAUUCUACACUCAAGAAGGAGUCCAGUCCAAUUGGAAUCGAGCCAAAAUAUUCUCGGAGCCAGAAGUUAUGAAUUUUAGAAAUCAGAGGUUUUCCAGCCCGUCCAUCUGCGAGUACCCGAUUUUAGAAGGUGAUUACAGCCCAAGGAAGGAGCGGCCUGAAGCAAAGCCCAUCAUAGGAGUCAAUAUAAGUUUAUCAUCUUUCCAGAAAGCCCAAGAUCACGAGAAAUGGCCACGGAAUUAUGAAGUUAUGAUCCAAUCUCCAAAACCGGUCAAACCAGUUCUACACUUGCCUCAAUUGGAAGCUAACCGGUUCAAUCAGCUUCAAACCAGACAUUGGCGACCAGGAGAUCAUUUCAACCAAUCAGGAGAUACUCUAGGAGUCCAGGAGGAGUUCUGCAAGUUCAUACCAUGCACCAACAACCAUUGGAUCAGGAGGAUCCUCAUUUACUCAAACCUGCCUUAUUUGGAGCAAACCGACAUUAAUGUCCAACAGUUCUUUUCUCUUCAGAUCAGGCACGAGAUCAGAACCUAUCAAGCACCCAGGAAGGUCCCAAGGAAGCUCUCUUAUACAUUAAAACCGUCCAGGUUCAAGAAGAAUCAAGUUUCUCACUUGGAGCCAAAAUCCCAUAAAAGGCUCCAACGGCUAGUUUCCGAUUUUGUUACUUUGCUUGAUUUGUUUCCUUUUCUAUUUGUUUUAGAACGUUAGGACCUUUGUCUCUGAGCCUUAUAUAAGCUCCUAGACGUCCAUUGUAAAGAGCAACCCUUAAUCACCAAGUUAAUAGAAAGUUUAUUCAGUUUUAUCAAAGUUGUUCUUUGUA